CAGCACUUCGACUGACGAAGUCUGCAGGAACAGUUGGUAUCUCGCACGUCCGCACAAACUCCGAAAUGACGUCGCGGAGCGUCCACAAACAAGUCGUGACGACCACGACGACGACGACGACGUCGUCCCAGUACGUUUCGCAGCAAGACCGCGCGGACAGCCCGGCGAACCCGGGUUCGCCUCGGACAUCUCGCUCGUCGGACACCAACGCCGGCGGGAGCCGGGAACGCUCGAGCUCGCCGCUCUCGGCGUCCAGGGUUGCGAGAAUUCAGGAGAAGAACGAGCUGGCCCACUUGAACGACCGGCUGGCUGCGUACAUCGACCGCGUUCGUCACCUAGAGUCCGAAAACAGCAAGCUGACCAAACAGAUGACGAUCCAGGAGACCCAAACACGGGAAGUCGCCAGCGUUAAAAUCCUGUACGAGCGUAAGCUUGCCGACGCACGCCGCACCGUCGACCUGACCGCAAACGAGAAGGCCAAACUGCAGCUCGACGCCAAGAAGUGGCAGACAGAGGCCGAGACCCUGCGAACGAAACUCGCCAAACGAGAACGCGAGUGGUCCGCAGCUCAGCAACAGGUCACGUCGCUCCAAUCUCAAAACGUCGACCUCCAGGGACGUCUGAAUCAGGCCCUUCCACAACUCAAGGAUGCGGAGGCAGAGCGGGACGCGAUGGCGAAGGAGCUUGAGAAGCUCCGCAAAGAGCUGGAGGCGGAGAUUCUGCGGAACGUCGAGCUGCGGAACAGGGCCAAGACUCUCUCCAAAGACCUGGAUUUCCGGAAGUCCCUCUACGAGAAGGAGCUCCAGGAGGUGCGCGUGGCCAAGCAGACGGAGACCACGGAGAUCGACGGGCGGCUGAGGGAGGGCUACGAGCUGCGCCUGGCGGACACGCUGGUGAAACAGCGAGAACUGUACGAGUCGCAGAUGCAGCUCGACCGGGAGAAAACGCAGAACAUCUACGAGAACAAGAUGCGUGACCUGCAGAGACUGCUCGAGCAGAGCUCCAGCGAUAGCUCCAGCAAGAUGGAGGAGAUGCGAGCGUACAAGUCGCGCAUCGAGGGACUCAACUCCAAGAUCUCGGAGCUCGAGUCGCAGAACCUGUCCCUGACGGCCCGUGUGCGAGACCUGGAGCGUCUGCUGGACCAGGAGCGGGAGUGGCACGGCCGGGCCCUGAUGGCCAAGGAGGAAGAGGUCUCCCGGUUGCGGGCGGAGAUCGAGGACCAGCUGCGGGAGUACCAGAACCUGCUGGACAUCAAGGUGGCUCUGGACCUCGAGACUGCCGCGUACCGCAAGCUCCUGGAGGGCGAAGAGUCCCGGCUGCACAUUACGCCCAGCGCAUCUACCAGCGGGGCUGAGAUGUACACCAGUCCGCUGCUCCGAGGCGCCAAGCGCAGGCUGACCUUCUCCCACCGGGAGGAGCAGUCAAACUUCGACGUCCAGGUCUCCGCAUCCGCCAAGGGGGACCUGGAGAUCUCGGACCACUGCCCAGUCGGAAAAUACGUCAUCGUAAAGAACAAGGGCACGAAGGAGAUUCCAUUGGCUGGCUGGCGGAUUGACCGGAGGUCCGGCAACGAUGAGUUCACCUUCCGGUUCCACCGGACCCACGUAAUCCAACCGGGAACCACCAUCACGGUAUGGAGCUCCGACGCCGGUGCAGCACACAGCCCUCCGUCGGACCUGGUCAUGCGCAACCAGCAGUGGCCCCACGUUGAACCGAUGCGCACAGCCUUGCUCAGCGCUGAUGGGGAGGAGGUGGCCUUUCGGGAAAAUCGGCGGCGUCAGUUCAGGCGCCUCUCGGAAAGGUCGUCUGGCGCGGGAGGAUAUUCGACGGGGCGUGAGCCCUUUUUCCAAUAGCACGAUUCCAACGACCCCAACUGCUGCUGCGUGAUGUAAAGAAGAAAGAAAAAAAAUGAAAAAGUCAUCAGAGUGGCGGAACCUUAGUGCCAUUUAUUUUAUUGGUUAUACUUCUUUUUCCUUUCUCUGUAAUUCUCUCUUA